UGCCGGUUCUAUGAACACAACGGGUUCACAAAUGUUUUUCUAAUGGUACACGAGCCGGAUUUGAGGUAAUUGCUCUGACGUUGGUCGCACGGCGACAGACUUAUCCGAGCGUAAAGAUAAUUUACAUACAGAUUCACUAUGCAAUUAUUACUCGUGCUUGUAACAAUACUACUAACGACCGUGACAUUAUCGAUUCGCUAAUAAAUUUGAUAAAUCGGCCAGUUUAUCGUGGAAUUAUUUAACAGGCAUUAUUAAAAAAAUUAGUGUAUCCAGAGUGUUGUUCAAAAUGUUUCUGGUCAAUCUGCACUUUUAUUACUAAAAAUUUAAUCAUUAUCAAUUGGGAAAGUUGACAUUGAAAUCAGAGCUGUUUAACACGUAUUGGUAAUUAAUGCGUCUGAAGCAUCUAUUAAUUGUCACAAUAAAAGAAUGCGAUGAAAUAAGCUGAGACUGGAAUUGGUGAGGUAAGCGGCCGUUCUCGUACAUCGAAUGAUUUUAUGCAUAGUAGUGGUGAUGCGGUGAUUAUAAAUAUUUAUCGAAGAGUCGCUUAUAUCAGUGUUUCUCAGACUUCCCACGAACUUCCUUACUAAAGGAAAAUUUUUGGUAGAUCCUAUCCAGAGUAGAAUUAAAUUCUUGUAUUUUAAAUUUAAAUACGUGAUAUUAAAGUCGAAUAAAUUAAAGGUAUAAUACAAUUUAAAGAAGACUGUAAGUAACGAUGUGAAUAAUUUCUACCACUAUUUCUUCUCAUAUAGAUUAUCUAAGUGUGGUUCAUUAAUUUUUUUGUGGAUACAUAGAAAAAUAGUUUACAAAGGUCAAAAUACAUGUAAAGAAGAAAAAGCCGGAAUUAUACGACUACGACAGUUAUGAUUACGGUCGGGGAAACGCAUUUCAGCUCGCAUUAUCAGUAAACAUCCUACUCAUAAAAAAUAAUCGUCCACUGAUAUCAAUAUAUUGACAUUAAAUCUAGCGUGAACCAUUAAUCUCGUGCAGUACGAUGCUAUGCACGGAAUGAAUCGCAUACGAUCGAAUUUCGUCUUUUUGUAAUUGAAACGUGACGGGUGUAACACGUCGAUUAAUUUUCAGAUGCAGCCGAGAAAAAUUCGUUGGAUCAUCCAAGUCGAGGAGGAUCCGUGGCGAGGCGAGAGCGUCGAGGAGCAAAUCUCCAGCAUUAAAGAUGAACGAGAGGACGUGCAGAAAAAAACGUUCGCCAAAUGGAUAAAUUCACAGCUGCUGAAGAACCAUCACGAACCAAUUACCGACUUAUUCGUCGACUUACGAGAUGGAAAUCGCUUACUGUCACUUUUGGAAGUUCUUACAUCCAAAGUUUAUAAAAGGGAACGUGGCCGGAUGAGAGUUCAUCAUCUGAACAAUGUUAACAAAGCCCUGCAAAUUCUGGAGCAAAACAAUGUGAAGCUUGUAAAUAUUAGCAGCAACGAUAUCGUUGACGGUAAUCCUAAGCUAACACUUGGAUUAGUGUGGAGUAUUAUACUACACUGGCAGGUCCAUUAUCAUCUCAAGGACUUAAUGACGGAAUUGCAACAGACAAAUUUGGAAAAGACUCUUUUAGCAUGGUGUCGUCAGAAUUCACAGAACUAUUCCGGCGUCGACAUUAAGAACUUUACGACAUCCUGGUCGGAUGGAUUAGCGUUUAACGCGAUUCUUCACAGAUGGAAACCGCAUCUGUUUGAUUUUAACAAUAUCGCGCGUAAGCAUCCAAACGCCAGGCUAGAUCAUGCGUUUCGCAUCGCCCAGGAACAGCUGGGCAUCGAAAGACUAUUAGAUCCAGAAGACGUGAACACAUCAGUGCCAGAUAAAAAGUCAAUAAUGAUGUACGUCAUGUGUCUCUUUCAAUCCUUGCCUCACUCUGGAGACGAUAUCGGCGAGAUAGAUGUUUCGGUAGCGAGCGACGGGAGUCCAGUCGCAACGCCAGGAGCUGAGAGCACAUUGUCCUUCUCAAAUUUCGGUACGCCGACUUCGCGACCGAUGAGUCUCGCGACGAACGUGUCGGUGGAGCUCGGUGGUUACCAAGUCGCUCUCGAGGAAGUGUUGACCUGGCUUUUGGAAGCCGAAGACAAAGUGAUUCACGCUCCGAUGCCAGGGUCCAGUUUGGAAGUGUUGAAACAACAAUUUCACGAACACGAGACAUUUUUGAUGGAGUUGUCCGGUCACCAAGGCGGCGUCGGUGCUGUAUUAGAGGAAGGCGCGAGAUUAUUAGCUGACGGUGGCUUACACAAGGACGAGGAACACGAAGUGCGCGUUCAAAUGUCGUUGUUGAAUUCUCGAUGGGAAGGUCUUCGAAUGCGUGCGAUGGAGAGGCAGACUAAAAUUCACGAGGUUCUUAUGGAAAUGCAGCAAGGUCAAUUGGACGCGCUGCGGCAAUGGUUAACAAGCACGGAAGAUAGGAUUUCACUUAUGGCAGCCGUUGAAUUGAACCCAUCUGCCUUAGACGAACAACUGAGACAAUUGAGCGAAUUAGAGCAAGAUAUCGAGGCGCAGCAAGGAGUUGUCGAUGGUAUGAGGAAGAUGGUGGUUGUCGUGGACGAGGAAAACUCGGAGGCGGUUUACGCUCAAAUGGAGGAUCAAUUAUCCGCUCUCGGUGAACGGUGGACUCAUAUCUGCCAGUGGAAAGAAGAAAGGAGGCAACGUUUACAGUCGCUUUCUUCGCUUUGGCAAAACAUCAACGACGAUUACAAGAGACUAAUGUCGUGGCUAAACGAAACCGAGAUCACGUUGAAACAAAUGGAAGCGAAUCCUGCGUCCGAAAUUGGCGAGGUGUUGGAGAGGAUAAAGAAGUUGCAGGUUUUAAAGAUGGAAAUGGACGCCAACCAAAAGAAGCUAACGUCUUUGCAAGAAUCGGUCCAAGAGUUGGAGGGGCAAAGUACCUCGCCCGAGUGUGUUAACGUGUUAGAAAAAAUUGAGAAUCUGCAAGAUCGAUGGGAAGCCGUGGGACAAAUAAUGGAAGUCCAGACUCAAAGGAUAACUAGCUCGGGAUUUGAAUUUGAUCUAAAGUCUGAGAGGGAAACCACGAUGAUUUCGGGUAACGAAUGGAUGACAGAGACAGUCACGAGUAUCGCUUACAAAGAAGAAAUUUCUGCAACGUCUACACCGCAUAGCGAUUCCAAGAAGCGCCGCGUAGACAGCACAGCUAGACACGAAUUUGAGUCUGCUCUCAAUAAUCUUUACAAGUGGCUUGAUUACGUCGAUUUAGAAAUAGGACGAUCAGAGGGUGUAUUCGACGAAUUAAGCGUCGAGGAAAAGAAAGUAGUUUAUAAAGAUACGAUAGUCGAUAUCGAGUCGCACAGGGAUGACUAUAAUAGGGUCGUGGAAUUGGGAAAGCAACUUCUCGUGGAGUUGAAGAAUGCAAAUGAGUCAACCGAAGCAGAAGAUUCGAAACUUAACGAUAUACAGAAUUGUUGGUUGGCGAUUAACAAUAGGUUGGAAGAAAUAAGAGGUCGUAUAGAGUAUUUGGAGGAAGUGAAGAAGUUUCGAACGGAAUUGUCCAGUUUAAAUUUAAUGCUGGAUAGUUAUUCGAAAUGGUUGGAUUCAAAUAAGAGGAACAAUCAAAUUGAACCGUUUAGGGUAAAAAUGAAAUCAAUGAAAUCUCACGAAGAACGUAUAAAAAAAUUGAUGGAGAAAGCCAAAGAGUUGUCGGAAAAUCAGACUGGUAUUAACGAAAAUAGCAAUGUAAACACGGAUAUACAAGCGUUCGUUAACAGUUGGGAAGCAUUGUAUAAAAUGCUAUCUGAAAGGCUAGCUGAAUUGAACGAAGCUGUUGAUAAAACGCCACCAAAGAAAUAUACAGACGCAGUUGCUAAUCUUACCUCGUUUAUUAACAAUGUUGAAAGUACGUUAUUGUCGGAACAUAUAGUGAUGUCGGAUGACAAGACAAUGGCGGAACAAUUAAAAAAAUUCAGUGACCUGCACGAUUCUCUGAAAGAACAUCAAGAGAUUUUCAAUUAUGUAAACAGUGUUGGACAUGAAUUGAUAAUGAAAACUAAUGGAGAGUCUCAGGGCCAAAGACUUAAAGACGAAUUGCAAGACCUUAAUACGAAAUGGAGCGACAUACCUAUAAUUUUAGAGGAACGCCAACAGAACUUGUUAAAAGAUAUACAGUCUUUGAAAGCAUUUAGUGAUGAACUCUCCGAACUCGAAUCUUGGCUUGACAAAUCAUACAAAUAUUUGGGGGAGUUGUCGAAGGACGACGUGACAAACGACGUCGAAGCAAUGGAACUCAAGUUAAAACAGGUCCAAUCUCUUUGCGAGGACAUAAACCAAACGAAACCGAAAAUAGAAACGCUUCAAACAUCCACGAAUAAAUUGCUUGAAAAUUCUGAACCAAAAUUUGCAAGUGUGUUAAACAGUAAAUUGGAAAUUGUAUCGUAUAAGUGGAACGCUAUUGUAGAUGGUGCUAAAGGAUUAAAUGACAAAUACGAAGACAGUCUCAAGAAAAAUGACGAGAUAAUAAAUGGAGUGGAAGAUUUUACGAAGUGGUUGUCAGCCCUUGAGAAAGAGAUACCAGUUGAAACAAAAAUAACAUCUUCGGUUGAGUUGUUUCAAGUUCGCGGUCGAUAUCAGUUGCUGAAAGAAAAGAUUGAUAAACGCGUUGAAGAAUUUAGAAAUCUUAACGAAAUGGGCAAUGAUAAGCUGUUGAGUUCGGAAGGGUCCUCGGUACAGGAACUUGGUAGACGUUUUACAUUUUUAAAUGCACGGUGGACUGACGUCACGGACCGCAUUUAUGAGCGAUAUAGACAUUUACAAAACGCUAGUCACGAGUAUGGUGAAUUUCGUGCUUUGGUUGCACAAGAGAGCGACUGGUUGGACAAGUUGGAUAAAAGACUGAAGAGAUCAACGGAAAGUGCUGCGGAUGCUGAAGAGAUAUCGGAAGAACUUGAUGAUUUGGAGAAUUAUAUACGAAAUCAUCCAGAGUUAAGGCUCGAAAAAAUACAGGAAAUUGGUAAACAGUUGAUUGAAAGUAACAUCAUGACACAAUCUAUACAAACAGAUGUUGAGAGCUUGACAAAUCGUUGGGAAAGUUUAAAUAACCAGGCUGGGCAGCGAGCCAAGCUGCUGGAAGGAUCGGUGAAGCAAGCACAACAGUCAGAAGGACGCAUCCUUGCUCUUCAACACUCCUUAACGCAAAUAGAUUCUGUACUAACUGCACGUCUUGACUGUGACCUUACUGCUGAUGAUUUGCCUCAUGAUUAUCAGAAAUUAAUGGAAGAAAUGGAACAUCAACGGUUAACGCUGCAAGAAAUGGCAAUGCAAAUUGAGGCGUAUAAAGCAUCUGGAAAGCAGGAAGCUGCGAUCAGAUUGCAAGAACAGUUGUCUCUUAUAGAAGAAAAGUUUUCCGAGGUUCAAAAGAAAUUUCAACGUUUUCGGUGUCCAACGAAUUUGGAGCCAAGAUUAUCCAGGGCUUUGCGAGAGCUUCGAGGAAUAGAAGAAGCAACUUGUUUAUUGGAAUUGUCGUCGGAGGAUCCAGAAGCCAUUGAAGGUCAACUGAAACAUUGUCUGCGUUUUUAUCAAACAUUAAGUGAAAUCAAAGGUGAGAUAGAAAAUAUUAUCGUAACGGGCAGAAAGUUAGUCGAGGACAAAAGUGUUCUCGAACCAGAGAAGUUUUCCAGAAAAAUUGACAUGUUGAAGGAAUUGUAUAAUAAGCUGGGAUUGCAUAUAACCGAAUCAAAAUCAGCCCUAGAAUCUGCGUUAGAUUUAUCGCGUGAUAUGUAUAAAAAUAUGUCGUACAUUAAUAUGUCCAUAGAUAGUAUUAAUAAAGAAUUAGAUACACAGAAGAAUAUGCCUGAUCUACCAGUUAAUGCGAUUUAUGUACGAGAAACUCUGACAGAGGUAAUUCCACGAUUAAAUGUCGUAAAAGAUAAGUUGUUAAAGUCCCAAGAAGAUUUUUCCAAGCUUUGCGAUCCUAUGUAUUUGGAGCAACUUAAAGAGAAGUUGUCAGAUGUUGUUACUAGAUUAGCAAAUACAGAAAGGAGAUUAAGACUUUGUUGUUCUGCAGAGGAGGAACCCAAUGUUGAUGAAAUAAAUGCGUGGCUUUCACAAGUCGAAGAGAAACUGAAUAAAUUGGAUACCGUACCGAUCGAUCAGUUGACGGAAAAUCAUUUCGAGCAAUGCAAGGCUGUUCAAAGCGAAAUGAUUGAAACAAAACCGAAAGUCAAUCAGUUGCAACGUUAUACCUACUACCCUAAAGUAGCGGAAGUUUGCGAGAAAUGGGAAGAAAUAUCCAGCAGAAUACAGGAAUGGAUCCACAAAAUCACAGACAAUUUAUUAAUAAAAAGUAAGGUGGGAGAAACUAAGGGGAGAGACAAUUAUGGACGCGUUAAGUCGUCUAGACAGCCGGAACAAACUUCGUUGAAGCUAGUUAAAAAAGAAAAUAAACUGAUAGAUGAGAAUGAGGAAAUAUACGGAAUAGGAUAUCUUAAUCCUGCAUUCGAUGACAAUCAAAGUAACGUAACGAGUACACCGAAAAGUACGCCGAUCGAUAUCGUUCAUCGAAGUCGGAAAUCUCUCGUAAAAUCUGAAAAAGUAAAGACCAAAAUUGUAGAUGUUAGUAGAACCGUUAGACGGAAGUUAGAUAUGAGUUCGGUACCGGACGUGGUUCAAACGUCUCAACCGCAAGUCGUUCGUAUCGACGAUGAAUCGCCAUCGUCAUCUCCCGACACGGACGUAUCCAUGGCUGACGAAGAAUUCUUCUUAACGAAAAAUAGCACCUUGUUUUCUCAAGUUUCUUCCAACACGUUGGUUACGACAGAGUCGAAAUCAUACGAUCCGAACAGCAUGCAAACGAAUCCUUUUCGUAUCGUGGAAGUGAAAGAAAUGGAAAUAAUAAAAUCAAUUGCAUCGCCCGAGGACCAUGUAAUACUGCCAAGUGCGAACGUCAGCGUAGGAUUAAUGCCACAAGUCGUUGAGAGAGUAGAGAUCGUCGAGGAUACAGAGACGGAACCGGAAUCAGUCGACACUGAUACAGAAGACAAGGAAGUUAGGGGUAAAAUUUGUAGCGCGAUCGGGGGGAAUCAAGUAAUUAACAAGAAAAGAGAGCUGAUUCCAAUUUUAAAGAAAAACAAGUCGGUAGAUCCAUACUCUGCGAAAAAUAUGAAGAAACUAACUCUUAAAUUAGAUACCGAUGCUGUUCAAUCAGAUCAUCAAAUAUCGAGCAGUAGUUCGUUGAUGAUAGAAGACAAUACGAUACGAAUUCAUGAAUCCAUUCCAACGAAUGCACAGUUACCUUGCAAAAUAAAUAGAUCUGAUAAAAUCACAGUCUCCCCAUUGAAGGAUAAAGACAGCAUUGCUGAGUAUCUUAUUCUCGAGGAUAGCGGAACGAACUCAAAGAAAAGUGUAACAACCACCGUCACUGAUAUUUCUCUUACCCCGUCGGUCAGUCACAAUCAAACGGAGAAAGAGCAUACUAAUGAUAAAUGGUUAACGUCCGUAAAAGACACCGAAUUUUCUAAAUCACGGUCUAGCGAGAAUGAAAAUGUAGACUGUGAUAGAAGUGCAAGAGCUUUGUUAUUUAAACGUGCACGAAGUAUAUCGAAGGACGAUACCUUAGAAGAUUGCGAAAGCUUUUACGGAAGCGAUAAAGAAACCGACGAUAUUUUAAUUUUCUCCGAUGACACAGAAAUUGAUGUUGGAAGUUCCAGCUCGGAAGGCGAAGAUCCGAAUUUAGGGGAGCAUGUUGAGCACCUCUUGGACAAGAUACAGGCAGAACGAUUAUCACAGGAAUUGCAGCAAAAAGCCGAUGUAAAGGUUUCGAGCGAUAAGAGACCUUUUAAAAGUGCAACGAGUUUAUCUAGAACGGGCUUGGAAAAAUGUAUUUUGGAAUUUGAACAAUCUGCUCAAUUAAUGUUACACAGGAUGGAUGUUAUGUUAAUGAGCAUCAGUAGCAUUAGUAAUGAAAAAGAUCCAACGAAGCGUUUGGAGGUACUCGAGGAAGAAGUUAGUAUUCUUGCUCCAGAUGCAGCAGCUUUGAUCAGUAAAGGUGACGGUCUAGUUAUGACAGUGGAUAUGUCUGACCCCGGUAGAGCUGAAAAGAUAAAAAACGAACAUCAGGAUAAAUUGAGAAGUAAAUGGCACCAAGUAAUGUCAGAGAUCGAAACUAGACGAAUACAAGCGCAACGAGGCGAAGAAAUACUACGGCAAUAUAAUAACAUAAUAGCGGACUUCGAAGACUGGUUUAGAGACGUGCCAUUAAAACUGGAGCAAGUUAACAAUUACGAAGGACAAUUGGAAUCAUUCACAGCAGAAUUUGAUGCUAAACAAGAACAAAUUCAUAAACUGAACGAUUUCGCUAUCGAGUUAAAAAGACUAAAUGUUGGAUACUCCGAAACCGUACGUUAUAGCAUUAACAGUAGGUGGCAAGAAGUUAGUUCACAAUUUAAAAGAUAUAGUGGUAGCAAGGACAAGGAUAAACAUGUAACUGACAAGAAAGUUGAAAUGGACGUAGGUGGAAUCGAUUUGCAAGAAUUUACAACAAGGGUUAAUAAGAUUAGAGAAGCUGUCGUGACUGUUACAAGAUCUCUGAACUCAGUACCACUGAACGGUGAUGAUUAUGAAAUGUUUGCGAACCAAGAAGAAUGCCUGAAAAAAAUUAAUAACGCCUUAAAUAUUCUUAAACCAAGCAUCGAAGAAAUUAAUUCUGUUUUUGAGAAUGUCGCUUCUCAGCUAAGAAGAGAACAAGCCGAUCAAAUUAGACGCUUGAGUGAUAAAUUACGAGAUGAAUGGAUAAAUGUUAAUCAGAGCUACGUGGAAAGAUACAAUCGUUGGAAUAAAAGUUACGAAAAAUGGAAAGAACUUUACCACACGUGUCGAUCUUUUUCCGAUUGGCUCGAUAAAAUGGAGGAAGCAUUAAAAAAAUUAAAUUCCCUCGGCUAUUCCAAAUCAUUAAAGACGAAAAUAUAUGAACUGGAGCAGGAGAUUUCUAGAAUGCAAAAAAUUAAAAAUAAUAUCAAUGUUUUGAGUGCUAGUAUUUUAUCUCGUGCUAAAGCUGAAGACAUGAUUGAGCUAAAGGAAACGGUUAACACCAUAAAGCGUCGUUGGCAAAACAUCGUAACUGAUUUAAAUGCACGGAAAGAAAAAAAUUUUGCGAUGGAGAGGAAAGUGAACAAUGAAGGAAGAAUAUUAGAAAGUGCUUACAAUAUUUUGGAGCAAAUAAAUUCCUUGUUGGUGUCAGCAGCAAAUCCAUCAGAUGAAACUUCCUUGUCAAUAAGAUUGUCAUUGAUCAAGGCGAGACAAGAAGAACUCUCUUCGCGUAAACGGUCAUUACAGAAUUUAGUAAAUCAAAGUGGUGUAGCUUCAGGGGAGGAUGAAUGUAAUAAACUCCUUGCUGAUAUGGACAAAGCCAAUUCGAGUCUUUCGAAUCAUCGGGAAUAUGUUGAAAAUAAACUUGCCUCUCUUAAGAAAUAUAUUUGUACUUUGGAUGCUGUUAUGGUGUGGGUUAUGGAAAUGCGAACAAGGAUAAAUAUAUCUCGAGAACUACCUCAACAAGAGCGUACCGAAGUUAUUAAUAAUGUUAUGACCAAAGUCGAGGAUCGAAAAAUGGAAGUGAAAGAUGUACUGGAGAAUUAUACCAAUUUGGAGAAAGAAUGCGAGUCUGCAAAGCAACCCAUUUCUGUAGAAUUACAAGAAAAACUGAAGAAAUUGAGAGAAGAUUGGCAGUUCGUGAAAAGCAGUGGCGAAUCACAGAGUUACGAAGUUAAAUCUGCGGCGGUGGUUCCGGUUACGACAAGAGAAACAGAAGUCGAGAGGAGUGCAGGCGCUGCACCGGGGGCGGCGGGUGCAACUGCAGGGGGCUCUCGGGGGUUGGCACCUUCCCCUGCCCCCUCAACACCCUCGACCCCCGUUACGACCAGUAGCCCCUCGGUCUCAACCUCCUUGCCCUCGACGUCACCUUCACCUUCUUCGUCACCUUCCGCUCUCGUUGCGGGCUUUGACAAAUCGGUGCUACAGAUACGCGAUUGGCUCACAGUCGAAGAAGAGAUGUUACGACAACAGGCAGUGGUUGUCGGCGACGUCGACGAAAUUCUGCAGUUACUUGAUAAGCAGAAGAAUGUUUUACGAGAGCUGGAGCAGAAGAAGCCGCAGCUGGACGAGCUGGUUCACACCGCGGAGAACCUACGCGCGGACACGAACAGACAGCAGCUGCAUGGUAAAGUUACGAAGCUGAGAGAGCACUGGGACGAAACGAACUCGAAAGUGAUGCAAAGGAAGACGCAGUUGGACGCGAUGCUCGGGGACAGUCAACGAUACGAGGCGAAGAGGAACGAGGUGGAAGUCUGGCUGGCACGAAUGGAAACUCGGCUGGAGAAAAUGCGGGCCGUCGGGCACACCGCCGACGUUCUCGAGGCGCAGCUCCGAGAACAAAAGUCUUUCCACGCGGAGCUACACCAGUACAAGCACCACAUCGAACUUUUCAAUCAGCUCACGCAGAAGCUGAUUGCUGUGUAUCAACAGGACGACACCACUCGCGUGAAAAAGAUGACGGAGACCAUCAAUCAGAGAUACAACAAUCUCAACACCAGUAUCAUCAAUCGAGGAAAACUGCUGCACUCCGCGAUGAACUCCCUCCACAACUUCGACCGGUCCCUGGACAAGUUCUUGGCUUGGUUGAGCGAAGCUGAGUCCUCGAUGGAGGGAUUGGAAGCGGAGGCCGAUCGACUGGGAGGACGACGAGACCAGGGCGCGCUCAGACGACCGCAACAUCAGCUUAAGAUAAAUCAACAGAAAUUCAAUAUCGAAAGGAGACGGCAUCCCACCGAGCAAGCAAAGGAUCUCCAAUCGGAAAUCGAGACACACAGAGACGUGUACGCGUCCCUGAACGGCACGGGACGGAAACUGUUGAGCUCCCUAGCCAGCCAGGAUGACGCUGUUAUGUUGCAACGACGUCUGGAUGAGAUGAACCAAAGAUGGCAUCAUUUGAAGGCGAAGAGUAUGGCCAUACGAAAUCGAUUAGAGAGCAACACGGAACAUUGGAACGCCCUGCUGUUAUCUUUGCGUGAGUUGAUCGAAUGGGUGAUAAGAAAAGACACCGAGCUGACCGGUCUAGGACCUGUUUGCGGCGACGUGGCUGCCUUGCAGAAACAACAAGACGAUCAUCGAGGCUUCAGGAGGCAGUUGGAGGAUAAACGACCGAUUGUAGAGAACAACCUACUGAGUGGUCGCCAAUAUAUCGCCAACGAGCCGCCCCUCUCCGACACCUCGGACUCUGAAGCCGGAAGAGAAUUGGACGGCGAUUCGAGGGGCUACAGAAGCGCCGAGGAGCAGGCACGCGAAUUGACGCGCAGCAUUCGCAGGGAAGUGAACAAACUUUCGGAGCAAUGGAACGCCCUAAUCGAACGUAGCGAUGUGUGGAAGCGGAAACUCGACGACACCGCUAACAAAAUAUGUGUCUUCCAAAAGUUGCUCGAGGAUUUAUCGUCGCGGAUGGCCGCGGCCGAGGCGACCCAGAGCGGCUGGCAAAAUCCAAGCGACGCGAACGAGGCGACGGAAUUGCUGGAGCAAUUGCAGAAAUUCGGCGAACGGCUGGUGCCCAUUCAAAGGAACAUCGAGGAUGCGAACGAUCAAGCGAGCGUCUUCGCCUCGAGCAGCGUCAUCGUUUCUCAUGCUUUGCUGGCGAAACUCGAAGAUCUCAACACCAGGUGGAAGGUGCUGCAAGUGGCGGUUGACGAGCGUUACAAGUUGCUAAGCGGAUUUGGAAAGGAUGGCAGCACUCCGGGUAGCCAGGCUUUUCUCGCGAGUAGCGUGGAACCACCAUGGGAGAGAGCCCUCACACCCGCCAAAGUGCCUUACUAUAUCAACCAUCAGUCGGAGACCACCCAUUGGGAUCAUCCGAAGAUGAUAGAGCUGAUGUCUUCUCUGGCGGACCUGAACGAAGUACGAUUUUCCGCGUACAGGACCGCGAUGAAGCUGCGCACCGUUCAGAAACGACUGUGCCUGGACAUGUUGAGUCUCUCCACUGCAUUAGAACAGUUCGAUUCGCACGGGCUCCGAGCGCAAAACGACAAAUUAAUCGACAUUCCCGACAUGGUGACAGUCCUGACGUCUCUGUAUGAAGUGAUAACGGCCGACAAUCCAACGCAAGUGUCCGUGCCGUUAUGCAUCGAUCUGGCCAUCAACUGGCUCCUCAAUGUAUAUGAUAGUCAACGAACCGGUCAAAUCCGCGUGCUCUCCUUCAAGGUUGGUUUGGUCUUGCUGUGCAAGGGUCACUUGGAAGAAAAGUACAGAUAUCUGUUCCGACUGAUUGCCGAUCCGAACAGGCUGGUGGAUCAACGUAAACUGGGUUUGCUGUUGCACGACUGCAUUCAAGUGCCAAGGCAGUUAGGGGAAGUGGCGGCGUUCGGAGGAUCGAACAUCGAGCCCAGCGUUCGCAGCUGCUUCGAAAAGGCUGGCAAAGACAAGAAUGAAAUCGAAGCCGUGCACUUCCUGAGCUGGCUGCAACAAGAGCCGCAAAGUAUGGUCUGGCUGCCUGUGCUUCAUCGACUCUCCGCUGCGGAGAGCGCUAAGCAUCAAGCGAAAUGUAACAUAUGCAAGGAAUAUCCUAUCACCGGAUUCAGAUAUCGCUGCUUGAAAUGCUUCAACUUCGACAUGUGUCAGAACUGCUUCUUCUCGGGACGCAAGGCGAAGAACCAUAAGCUGACGCAUCCGAUGCAGGAGUACUGCACCGCGACCACUUCCGGAGAGGACGUACGCGACUUCACGAGGGCGCUCCGUAACAAAUUCAAGUCGAAAAGAUACUUCAAGAAGCACCCGAGGGUUGGUUAUCUUCCAGUGCAAACUGUGCUGGAGGGAGACGCGCUGGAGAGUCCAGCACCAUCUCCUCAGCACAGCUCCCUCAGCCAGGACAUGCACUCCCGAUUGGAGAUGUACGCCUCCCGAUUGGCGGAGGUCGAGCUGUCCCGCACGAGGAGCAACUCAACGCCGGACAGCGACGACGAGCAUCAGCUGAUAGCCCACUACUGUCAGAGUUUGAACGGUAGCGAUAACGUCAACGUGCCCAGGAGCCCCGUUCAAGUGAUGGCUGCGAUCGACGCCGAGCAGAGGGAGGAGCUCGAGGCGAUGAUACGCGAACUGGAAGAGGAGAACGCGACACUCCAAGCGGAGUACGAACGAUUGCGGUCGAAACAGACACCUGGCUCUACGCCUGAGGAUGGACACGGCAACAGGCAACCCGACUGCAACAUGAUCGCCGAGGCGAAAAUGUUGAGACAGCACAAGGGCAGGCUGGAGGCGCGCAUGCAGAUACUGGAGGAUCACAAUCGUCAGUUGGAGGCCCAGUUGCAGAGACUCAGACAACUCUUGGACGAUCCAAAUGCUUCCUCGCCGUCGAAAACGGGCACGUUGCAGACGCGUAGCGUCACGGCCUCUCAACUAGCAACCGAUUCCCCGGCAAAAAUGAACGGACACUAUCACGAUUCUCCGGGUGGUGGAGGCUCGAACGAGGGAAGAGUGAGCAGUUUAGAGAGGCCACCACCGCCACCGCAUUCUCACAGCGUUGCCCAUAACGUGGGUAAUCUCUUACACAUGGCAGGAUGGAUGUAAGGAGACUUAGGAAAAGCUGUCGGCGAACUGGUGACAGUGAUGACCAGCGAGGACUCGACAAAAUCAAAUGGGCAAAGAGCACCACCGCCGGCUUUCAAGUAACGAUAAUGCGACCACGUUCGAGAGAAUAUUGAAUAUUCGAACGAUAUCGACGAUGCUUACAAGCAGGAAAAAUCAAUUUUAUCGAUUGUUACGGAUCAACUCUUUAAUUUUAAUCAAUGACCAAUAAGAAGUCUGGCUCUAAACGCAUAUCAAAGAAAUGAUAUAUCGCGCAAAUGCAGGGUCAGGGGUGCCGCCAUAGUGGUUUUGGGUAUUUUAUAAGUUUUGAUAUACACCGUUGUAUAGCUAAAUUAAUAUUAAUAAGACAAUUUAUCGUUUGGCUUUGGCGGUCCCCUGAGAGUAAAUGUUUACUACAUAUUGACACGUCAUAUCAUGAAACUAAUCGUACGAGAAAAAAAAAUCUGUUGUUAUAUGCUUGCUAGUUAAUCUAUACAAGAAGAUGAAGAUGAUGGUGAUGACGAAGACGAAGAAGACGGCGACGAUGAUGAUGAUAACGAUGAUCAUGCUGAUAAAGCAAACGAAGAUUGAAUAUAAUGAUUAUAAAGAAUUACACGAAAGGAAAUAUCAUUAACAAAUGCAUGCAAAAGCAAUGUAUCAAAUCACGUAAUCUAUUAUAGAUCGUAGGUUAUAAUUACCAUACCCAUUCUGUUCACUGCCACGGGCUCUUCCUCGACAUUGAUACAUAACCACGAUGUACAUGUCGUGAUUCUAGAAGACACACGAAAAGAAAUACAGAAAAUGUAAAAGGUUAUCCACCUUGGUAUUCUUUCCGCGACUUCUGGAAUCCUGAAUUUUACAUCGACACAGACAGACACGUACACACAAACACUUAUAUACAGACAUAUCAUUACACCCGCGGGCGCGUAAACGUAUACAUAUACAUAUUAUAUAUAUAUACAUACAUACCGUUACAUACGUUAUCACACACGUACACUGGGGACUUUUUGUAAUCGAUAAUAAAGCAAAGCAAUGUGCAUUAUGACUUUCAAAUUUAUUUUUUAUCCGGUUACAAUCGUUUUUUCAUAUUUUUUAAUGAACUUUAGAUGGCAAUGUCUUUUAUUUAAGCCUGCCGGAUGUUACUUAUAUUUAAGAGUAUAUCGAUAAGUAUCUAAUUUACAAACUGUAGGCUGUAUUCUGAUAUGUAAUAAAGUUGUCUAGAAAAUAAUCCCCUUUUGUCGCGCGUUUAUUGGAUCACGAUCCUAAUCGUUCCUUGGUAUUGAGAAAUAGAAUUUAUCGUAAUGAGAUUGUUUCUAAGUCGAACUAGGACAGAUUUUUUUUAUAGGUAUUCUCAUUUAUAGAAAUGUUCGUAACAAUAACAAGAAGGAACAAAAUAUAGCAAUCUUUAUCGAUCAAAUAACAGAUCGAGAGUUGUUUAUCUUUCAUUCGUUAAAAAAUAUGUUCUUUAUUCGUUUGUUGUUUACCCAGGCUAUAAUUUUUCUCAUCUUUGAUCGAUAAUUAAGAAAUGAGCGAAUUUUGAGCGAAUAAUGACUCAGGUGAGGCAGAUUGAUCGAUGAGCUCUCGCAAAAUUGAAUUUCUCGAGCAGAAGACCAUCCAGGUUACAAGGACGUUACCUUGACCGGUUUUAAUUCGAUCCGGUUUUAAUCACCCUUCGAUGGAAACCGUAAGUGAAUCGACAAGCAAGAAAGGAUCGAAUCAGGCGUGAUUGCUUUCGGUAUGCGUUGCCGUAAAAGUCUACAAAUCGGUACUCUUUUAAAGAUAGUAAAGAGGCAUCGUUAUCUUAUCGUUGCUUAAAAAAAAAAAAAGA